UAUACAUUCAACCACCUUUCUUUUGUUCCUCACAUUUUCAGCAAUCGAUAAAAUUCUUGUUUUCCUACAAAAUGUCAGAGAGAACAGUUAGCACUCAUGUGAAAGAGCCUCGUCUUGUAGCUAGGAAAUUCUUGGCUAGACCCCAACAUGAAGGUGUUGGGGCUGUUGUUAGAAGAAGCAUAGGAAGGUUUGAGCUCAAGUACUUUGAUCCUUUCCUUGUCUUGGAUGAAUUCUCAGUUACUGCUCCUUCUGGCUUCCCUGAUCACCCUCAUAGAGGCUUUGAGACGGUCACAUACAUGUUGCAGGGAGCUAUAACGCAUGAAGAUUUUGAAGGACAUAAGGGAACAAUAGAAGCUGGUGACUUGCAGUGGAUGACUGCAGGGAGAGGAAUAGUUCACUCAGAAAUGCCUGCAGCUCAAGGAAGCCAAAAGGGUCUUCAGCUGUGGAUCAACCUGUCUUCCAAAUAUAAAAUGAUUGAACCAAGGUAUCAAGAAGUGUUGAGUAAGGACAUAGAAGAAGCUGAGGAAGAUGGUAUCAAGGUUAGAAUUAUAGCUGGGGAAGCUCUAGGGAUAAAGUCUCCAAUAUACACAAGGACACCAACUAUGUACUUGGACUUCUCUCUUAAACCUGGUGCUCACAUUCAACAACCUAUACCAAAAUCUUGGAAUGCUUUUGUUUAUGUCUUGGAAGGAGAGGGUGUCUUUGGAAACCUGGAAUCUCAGCCUGCAAACUCUCACCAUAUCCUUCUUCUUGGUAUUGGGGAUGGCUUAGAGGCAUGGAACAAAUCUUGUAAUAUCCUUAGGUUCAUUUUGGUUGGAGGGGAACCUCUGGGAGAACCUGUGAUGCAAUUUGGACCCUUUGUGAUGAACACUCAAGAAGAGAUUGACCAAACCAUUGAUGAUUUUGAGAAUUUUGCUAAUGGAUUUGAGAAAGCAAGACAUUGGAGAUCUGAAAGUGCAAUUAGCCUUGAUUUUUGAUUUGAUUUUAUCAGGCAUUACUCAUUAGUUGAUUUGCAAAUUAAGGAAUGAGGAGAAACAAAUGUUGCAAUCCCUCAUAUAACGUAACUUGAAAUUAAUGAAUUAGAUGAAGAAUUUUCAGUUUUUUAAAUUAAAAAAGGGGUUUAGGACAGGGAAGAUGUCCCAUUCCAAUUUCUAACA